UUGAUUGUCGUGGCAAUUGGACUCGGCCUGUGGGUUGAUGUUUCCCACGCCCAGGAGCCCACCGGCACCUACGAUGAAGAAGAAGCGCAGGGGAUAGACCAGAUGCUGAUGUGUCCGGUUUGCCCCGCUGAGUCCAUUGACCAGGCGCAGGUGCCCCUGGCCCGCCAGAUGCGGCAGCGGGUGCGGGAAAUGCUGGCUGAGGGGGCAAGUCGCCAGGAAGUCCUGGACUACUUCGCCGACCGUUACGGAACAGACGUGCUGGCAUCGCCGCCCAAGUCGGGAUUAAACCUGCUGGCCUGGAUAUUGCCGGUGAUUGGAGUGGUUUCAGCCCUGGGGGCCGGACUGCUGGUUUUGCGGGCCAUGACGGGCAGGAGCAGCGAGGGCCCCGCCACAGGUGAAGUUGAAAUGGGCCCACCGGACGGGGACCUGGAACCGUACCUGGCUGCGGUGGACCGGUCUCUCGCAAUAGAAAAUGGAGUCGAUGUGGAUGACGAAGAAGAGCCCAGGAAAGGCAACCAAUAG